AUGAAUAUUGAAGAGUUCAGCGAAGUAGUUAAAUCUAUCAAUAACUUAUAUGGACCUCUUCUUGAUAAUUUUGAAGAAGAAGCAAUAACUUUGUAUGAAAUAUGGCUAAAAAAACCAUGUGAUCCAAAUACACAAAUAAUUGAUUUAUUAGAAGAAUCUAAAUACUAUCCUGCUGUAAAUACAGCUUUACAAAUAGCCAUUACAUUACCAGCAACUUCAUGUUCAGUUGAAAAAACCUUUAGUGCUUUGCGUCGUAUCAAGACAUGGGUAAGAUCUACAAUACCCAAUAUGAGGUUAAGCAGUUUGGCUCUAAUUCACAUUCACAAAAAUAGAUUUGACGAUACAUUAUUUUUUGAAAAUCGCAAAACCGAUGUUAUGAAUCAUUUUGGACUAAAUUAUAAAAAUAAGGGUAUGGUCUGUUCGACCAAUCGUUCACUACUUAAUGCGUGUAGAGAAAUUGGCCUUAUGACCAAUCGCAUAAAUUUGCAAAGGAAUAUUGUGGACAGGGCUAAUGUACUGUUCAAACAAGUGCACAAUGGCAAAAUUUUGAAAGGUUGAUCAAAUGACGAAAUUGCGUCAGCAAGCUUGUAUAUUGCUUGUAGGCAAGAAGGUGUGCCACGUAUAUUCAAAGAAAUAUGUGCUGUAAGCAAAGUUGGUAAAAAAGAAGUUGGAAGAAUUUUUAAAUUAAUAUUAAAGGUGUUGGAAACCACUGUUGAUUUCAUAACAACUGAAGAUUUCAUGGCGAGAUUUUGUUGUAAUUUGGGAUUACCAAACAUGGGCAGGAGAGCUGCUACUCGUAUAGCUAAAAAAGCAGUAGAAUACAAUAUUAUACCAGGUCGUUCUCCUAUAUCCGUAGCGGCCGCAACAAUAUUUAUGGCGUUCCAAGCAUCUAACGAAAAGUGUUCCCAAAAAGAAAUUGGGGACAUUGCUGGUGUGGCAGAAGUCACAAUUAAGCAGUCAUAUAAACUGAUAUUGGCUAAUGCUACAUUACUAUUCCCAGAAGACUUAAAGUUUGUGACCCAGAUUUCUGAUUUUCCAACAUCCUAAAUAUUCCUAAUAUAUAACUAUUAUUCGACCAAAAAUAUAUUUUUCAUAAUAAAAUUUUACUGUAUAAUAAGAUUUUAUUAAGGUUUGGGCUAAAAAAUAAGAGACUAAUAUAUUGUUUGUAUUUGUAUUUUUGUAAAAUAAACAAAUAUUUGUCUUUUCUAUAUAAUAUCUUUAAUGUAUAAAUGGUA